AUGAACAAAAAGGUCAAGACCAUCGCAUACCACGGCCAGGGCCAGAAGUUGCAGAAAGUGAUGGUACAGCCCAUCAACCUCAUCUUCAGAUACUUGCAAAACAGGUCUCGGAUUCAGGUCUGGCUGUAUGAGCAAGUGAAUAUGCAGAUAGAAGGUUGUAUUAUUGGCUUUGAUGAAUACAUGAACCUCGUAUUAGAUGAUGCAGAAGAGAUUCACUCUAAAACAAAGUCAAGGAAACAAUUGGGUCGGAUCAUGCUGAAAGGAGAUAAUAUUACUCUGCUCCAAAGUGUGUCCAACUAG